AUGUCGGUUGCUCACGAGGCUUCUUGUAUCUUUUGCAAAAUCAUCAAAGGACAUCUUUUGGUGAUCCCUAAGUACCACGGGGCUAAGCUUCACAACGUUCCUGACGAGUACCUCGCAGAUAUCCUGCCAGUGACCAAGAAACUGGUCAAGGCAUUGGACUUGGAGAUCGACUCUCCAGAAGGAGUCGGCUACAACGUUUUGCAAAAUAACGGUCGGAUCGCCCACCAGGUGGUGGACCACGUCCAUUUCCACUUGAUUCCAAAACGCGAUCCAGAAACCGGUCUCGUCAUCGGCUGGCCUGCCAAAGACGCAGAUAUGGCAGAGCUGGGCGAGUUUGCCAAGCAACUGUCUGCGAGAAUUGCCUCUGUUUGA